AUGGAUUACGAAUUUGACCAACCCAGCACGACAUGGGGUAAGGGUGGUUGCGAUGACGACCAAGGCAUGGGCAAGGUGUCGGUGUCAACUUCCGACGGACUGCAAGGGGAAGCCAAGACGAGGAUGGCCUGCUAUGGGGGACUAUUAGUAGUGUUUGGUAAUAGUUGUUACCUGGCGUGUCGCUCAGCAUGUUCAGGAAGUGGGAUAGACCGGAUAUUCGGAGUCAAGCUGUAUUAUGCUGGCCAAGAUCCCCUUUCAUUGUCUGGGCUUAGUGUUGAGCACCUCAUCUGGGUACGUCCAGGUGAUUCAUCGCUUACAUUCUUGACUUCCGACGCCAACCAUUCCGCUGACUGA